AUGUUCCUCCAGCGAUCUGCCAUUGCCGUUGCAAGGCGAGCGGCCCCCCGCGUCCUUGCGCAACGCACCUUUACCACGUCCUUUGUCCACCGCGAUGCCAGCAGUGAAGCCAAGGAAGCCAAAGAGAACAACAUUGCACAAAAAGAAACUGGACACUCAGCCGACUCUCCCAGUGUUCUCGCGGGAUUCAAGAAGCUCGAUGAGAUCAAGAGCGAGGCCGACCUGCUUCCCCCGGGUGCGAAGCCCGGUACCGUUCCCACCGAUGCUGAACAGGCUACCGGUCUCGAGCGUUUGGAAAUCCUCGGAAAGAUGCAGGGUAUCGACAUCUUCGACAUGAGGCCGUUGGACGCCAGCCGUCUCGGUACGUGGAGCCGCAUCGCCGAUGGGGGAGAUAAUCAGCUGGCGCACCAUGGAAGACCCAAUUACCGUCACGCGGCCGGAGACGAGCAAUACGUUGGAUGCACUGGCUUCCCUGCCGACUCCCACAACGUUCUCUGGAUCACCCUUACUCGCGACGAGCCCAAGUCCCGCUGCAUGGAGUGCGGUUCCGUAUACGAGAUGCACUACGUCGGCCCCCAAGAGGAUGCUCACGGUCACAGCCACUCAGACCACCACGCCCACCCUGUGAACCCAUACCCCAAGCCCAAGAACAUGGCCGAUUUCCUCAAGCCCGAAUACCAGGAGCUAUAAGAUUGGACGACACCAUAUGACGCGUGUGCAUUCAUAGGGCCGCGAAACAUGUAGCAUAGUCGGUGUGAGAAGUAUUACUUGAGU